AUGUCGGCUGCCGAAGUGAAAAAAAAGGCUUGUGGCUGCGAAGAGCCAUGUCCCUAUUCCCUUUAUCAAAUGUUGAACAAAUGCCUCUCUCGAACUGAUUUUGGAGGGGAUAACCCAAGAAAAAUCAGAUACAUCGAAUUGGCAAAACAAGACAUAGUCGAUGCUCUGAAUCAGUUUCGGGAUCUGGUGCCCGAUCUUGAGAAGUUCAAGUUUCCCGACAAAGACAACGAACAACGAAUCACAUUCAAGCUCAAGGGGACCAUUCCGAUGUGUUAUAGGGAGACCGUGUACAACAUCCUGAUCUCGAUCUACCUCUCACCGAUGCACCCGUAUCACUCACCAGUGUGCUAUGUGAACCCCACAGAGGAUAUGGUGAUCCGUUCGAAUGAAAAUGUGAGCGAAGAUGGGCGAGUCUAUCUGCCGUAUUUGCAUGAAUGGCGGUACCCAGGCUACGACUUGACCGGAUUGAUUCAAAUCUUGGCGAUGAUCUUCGGAGAAAAGUGUCCGGUGUUUUCGAAGAAAUCCGGUAAGACCGCUUCUCAGUCGACAUCCGUGAAUCCAUGGCCAACGCCAACUCCAAUGGUAUGCUUG